AUUGCAACCAUAUUUGAACUUCAAUAGUGCAAUGUAGGACUGGGGACCAAAAAUAAAACAAAAUCUGCCCUUUCAAAAGAAAAGAUUCAGUGGUUAUUUUCUGGUCUGCCAAGCGAUAAGAGCGUAUUCUUCUUCUUGGACUGAGGCUGAUACAGUUUCAAAUUUCAUAGUCAUGGGCGUCAAUUUGCAGGCGCAAAGGCCCCUGCUUUUUGCAUUUCCGCAGGGUUUGAACUCCAACGAAGCUCAGAUAAGCUCGGUUUGUGAAAUCUGUGUGAAUUCUAGGGUUUUGAGACCUGGAAUUCGUGGAGUUCUAAUAAAAUCCAGGGAGUCAAAAACACUGGUUGAUGGAAUUUCAGUUCGAUCAGCGCUCCCUUGCGCUUUCCUUCUCCAUCAUUCAUCAGGUCCACGUCUUCGAAUUGGGCGGGUUUCCUGCACUACAAGGAGCGAACAAGAAGGCGCCUCUGUAUCUGAAAAUACAGAGAAAGAAAUUAGACGCCAAUCACAGGAGGACCUAAAGAUUGUUGAUAGUUCCUUUCAUCAAUUUCCUUCAGAGAAUCUGAAGGAAUCUCCUCCAGAAUAUGAGCCAAAUACGCCAUCAUCGAUAAGGACAGUUGCAUUAUGGGUUUGUGCUGCUGUUGCUUUUGGAGUUGCUAUAGGUUUCAAGGAUGGAAUUGGAAAAGCAUCUGAAUUUUUUGCAGGGUACAUUUUGGAGCAGAGUUUGUCUGUGGACAAUCUAUUUGUCUUUGUACUGAUUUUUAGGUACUUUAAGGUGCCAGUUGCUUAUCAGAGUCGGGUUCUUUCAUACGGUAUUGCUGGUGCAAUUUUCUUUCGAGCAUCAAUGAUAUUGCUGGGGACUGCCACCCUCCAGAGGUUCGAGGCAGUAAACAUACUUUUUGCGGUGAUUCUUCUGUACUCAUCAUACAAGCUGUUUUCUGGAGAAGAGGAAGAGACGGACCUAUCAGAUAAUGUGAUUGUGAAGACAUGCCAGAAAUUUAUCCCUAUCACGAAUGGUUACGAUGGAAACAGAUUCAUAACAAUGCAGGAUGGUGUGAAGAAAGCAACUCCAUUGCUCUUGACACUGGCUGUUGUUGAGCUCAGUGAUAUUGCAUUUGCAGUGGAUUCCAUACCAGCAGUUUUUGGGAUAACAAGAGACCCUGUCAUAGUUUUUUCUUCAAACCUCUUUGCGAUCGUAGGUCUAAGGUCACUUUAUAUGCUCAUUUCCAGAAGCAUGUCAGAGCUAGAAUAUCUACAGCCUUCCAUAGGUGUUGUUCUGGGUUUCAUUGGUAGCAAGAUGAUACUAGAUUUCUUUGGGUAUCAUAUAUCAACUGAGGCUUCCCUAGGUUUUGUGGCCACCGCUCUCAGUGCAGGUGUGAUUUUAAGUCUUAUUAAAAAGUCCGACUAGGUAGUUUUCCUUAUGAAGAUCAUUAGCAGCAUAACUAACAGAGAUUGGAGGAUAAAGCCAUGAGAUAUCCAAUGAAGAGCCAAAAUUGUUAGACCUUCUCAAAACCAAGGUCAAAUGCUUGAGUUCUAUUCAAGGUUGCAAAGCUUAUUGGAGUUGGUCUACAUCUUCCGAAGUUAUAUCAGCUUCAGAUGCUUAUUUUUGUGCUGGAGAGUCCUCUGAAGCCAUGCCAAGUUGCUCAAGAUCUUUCAGCAUGGUAAAGGUUCAUGUAAAUUUUCAUUCACUGUCCCCUUUGUUUUGAUCGGUAAAAUAUCCCAUCCUUUUACAUCAAAGCUUGAGUUCUCUAUAUGUAUGAUUUCUACCAUUACCCUUUCAAUCAUGGAGUCUGUUUUUGGAUGGUAUAUACAUGAGGCAGCCUGUAAUGUAGAUGUUUCACCCGAGCCACUUAGAUGAGACCAUCUUAUUGAGCCGAUCUUGGACAGAGUUAAACUUUACUCUCUCAUUUAUGUACUAAUACGUAGUUCAUGGAUACGUUAAUGGUUAAGAUCCUAAUCUAUGGCAUAUGUUGACAAGGACUCAAAUGUCAGUAUUUUGCUCCUUCUAGUGUGUUAGCUGUGGCGAGGGCUGCAUUUUGCCCUCUUCAAGCAUGAUCUACUUUGUUCAUUGGUUAUGAUUUAUGGGAUUUUGCAAUGUAAAAUUUUUACCUU